CUUACUUCUUUGGCCCAAAAGUGCACGGAAUACAAACUGCCACUUCCUCCAGCCAUGGCGAGAAAAGCAAUAGCAACAAUAAUAUGGUGAUUAAUGAAAAGGGGGCCUACAUUACUCCUUUCUUCUUAACAUGGCCUGGAAUCAUGCCCCCAGUCGGUGAUUCCCUACUUCUUUUCACUUUCUUCCUCCCUUCAACUCUCUCCCUCUCCCCUUUCUCCUUUUCCCUACUACUUCCAGAUCCACACACCCCAACCGUUGCCGUUGAUUUGAUUCCCUGCGGCGCUUCCCCACGGCGUCCGUCCAGAUUCAUCCCAAGGUUCGACCGUCACUCGACGUGCCUAAUCCGUUCCCUGCUUUUCCUAUUUCUUUUUUGAAAAAUAUUAUUUCUAAUUUUCGUUUCCCUUUUCUAGCCCUUCCGUCUACCAGACUAGACCCCCGUGUCCCUUUUGGAACCCACCCGAUACGAGAAUUGGCCACUGUGCGAUUUCGCCUUAUAUUGCAACUCGGGAACGCGCCCUCUCUCUUCCCUCCCCUCCUUCCAGGGCUC